AUGCCUUUUGCCUCAAGGUCCACCGUGGAGAACGUCCAUCUCCUUCACAAUCGCCUGGGACGAGCCCGAAAGCCCAGUCCCGAGGAAGUGAAGACCCGCCACGAGGCGAGGCAGAGGAAAGCAGAGCACCGGCGCGCCCAGCAGGAUGAGGAGCGGCAGUCCCAGCUCAGGCAAGCUGAGAAUCGCGCGGCUGCCGCCCGCGGCCGCCGGCAAGAACAAGAGAUGCGGAGGCAGCGGGAGCUGCUGGAGAAGAUGACGCGUGCGUGGGGCCAAUACCAGGACCCGACCGAGCUUUGCAUCUGUGGCCGGGCAGGCCUCUAA